GAAAACUAUAUACAUGAGUUUUUAUUAUAAAUGUUGUGAUUUUAGAGCAUAAUAAUAUUGGACAUUAUGAGUGGAGGAUUGUAUGGUGGAGAUGAGGUUGGGGCAGUUGUUUUUGAUGUUGGUUCUCAUACUACUAGAGUUGGUUAUGCUGGUGAAGACUCUCCAAAGGGCGAGAUUUCUACCACUAUUGGUGUCAUAACAGAACAAGACGAAACAAUGGAUACAGACAGCACAACAUUAACACCAAGCUCGCGAAGAUAUCAUUUUGAUCCACAACAUGUGUUUCCUAUCUCCAACAAAGACAUGGCCACGCCACUCAAAGAUGGCAUGAUUGAAGAAUGGGAUUUGUUUGAAAAAUUGUUAAACCACAUUUAUAAGGACCAUAUACGUGACAAAUCCGAAGCACAUCCAGUGCUGAUGUCAGAAGCACCGUGGAAUGUGAAAGAGAAACGGGAAACACUUACAGAGCUGAUGUUUGAAAAAUAUAACAUUCCAGCCUUCUUCCUGUGCAAAAAUGCUGUGUUAUCAGCAUUUGCAAACGGUCGUUCGACCGGUUUGAUUUUGGACUCAGGAGCCACACACACAAGUGCCAUACCAGUGCACGAUGGAUUUGUCCUUCAGAAGGGCAUUGUUCGUUCUCCAGUAGCUGGUGAUGUCUUGACAGGUCAAUGUACAGAAUUGCUAGCGGAAUGGGGUGUGGAAUUAAUACCUUCGUAUGCCAUAAAAAGUAAAGAAGAAGUUGAAGAAGAAGAAGCUCCAGUUUACACGCUUCGGAAUCUACCAAAGUUAACUCAUUCUUAUAAAAAUUACAUGAACAAAAUGCUAAUGCAAGAUUUUCAAAAAUGUGUGUUGCAAGUAUCAGACAGUCCUUUCAUUAGAAGUGAAUUAGAAACAGUGCCGAGUAUUUUAUACGAGUUUCCGAACGGUUAUAGCCGACAGAUAGGCGUGGAGAGAUUUCGUAUCAGCGAAUGUCUGUUCGACACUUCACAUAUCAACAAUAUCAAGGGUUUUGAGAACACUACUCUCCUGGGAGCACCACAUGUUAUCAACACAAGCAUUGGAAUGUGUGAUAUCGACAUUCGUCCGGGUUUAUACAAUAGUGUUAUUGUGGUCGGAGGAACAACCUUAAUAAACGGAUUCGUUGACCGACUAAAUCGGGAACUUCUUCAAAGGACACCGAAUAACAUGCGAUUAAAGUUGGUUUCAAACAAUCAAUCAUCUGAGAGAAGAUUCAGCUCGUGGAUUGGAGGAUCAAUUCUUGGUUCACUGGGUUCAUUUCAACAAAUGUGGGUAUCGAAACAAGAGUAUGACGAAUUAGGAAAAUCGAUCAUCGAUAAAAAAUGUCCCUGAUGGUACCAUCGAUCUCAAACACUCAAUCACUCAAUCGAUCUACUCCGUUUAUUUACUCCAAAAAAACAGUAGUUAUUUAUUUGCACCAAGACGUUCGCGGGAAACUGUGUUUUUAUUACUUUAAUGGCUGUAAAAAUAAAUAAAAAUAUAUGUAUUAAGAAAUGAUUAUGUUAGGCCACUAAGUGAGUGAUGUCUAUUUUAAA